AUACGGAGAGAGAGAAGAAAAAAGCAAAAGAGCAGACUUCACUCUCCCUCUCUCUCACACACAGAUUUUCUCUCUCUACGCUUCCUUGUCUCCCUCCAUAGAUGAUGUUCUUCUUCUGCUGGAACAGUUAAUUUCACACAAAAAGAAUUUCUUGGCAAAAAGCUUACUUUCCCCAUUGGUUCAAAUCUUGUACAGUUCUGUACAUAAAUGUGUUUACAUAAAAUUUUUAGGUGAAAGCCGGGGGUUUUCCAGCUUCUAAAUUGUUAAACUUCAACAUAGGAGCUCAAUUUUGCAGCAUUGAGACGAAAUUUUGUGACUGCAGCUUGAGUUGGCAUUGAUCAAGCAAAACUGAAUGGUACACUAACCAUAAGGUAGUCACAUUCUGUUGGAAGCAAGAAAAGUGUCAAGGUGGAGUCUUGUUGCCAAUGUCAAAAUCUUCUUCCCCUGAACUGAGGGACAGGAAGGUUUCAUCCUCUUCUCAGAAGACCAGUGAGGCCAAUGAAACUGCUGAAAUGGAUGAUCCGGAAAAGACAAUGUCAAGGGUUGCUGAACUUAUUGAGCAGCUGCAUGGUAAUAAAUCUUCUCCACAUGAAAAAGAACUUACUACAGCACGCUUGCUCGGCAUAUCCAAAGCAAGAAAGGAAGCACGAGGUCUUAUUUGUUCGCAUGGCCAAGCAAUGCCACUAUUCAUAUUCAUUCUGAGAAAUGGCACUCCUUUGGCAAAAGUAAAUGUUGCUGCAACCUUAUGUGUAUUAUGUAAAGAUGAAGACUUGCGGUUGAAGGUUCUUCUAGGUGGAUGUAUUCCACCUCUACUUUCACUGUUGAAGUCGGAUUCCACUGAAGCAAGGAAGGCAGCUGCAGAAGCAAUUUUUCAGGUGUCAUCUAGUGGACUUUCAGAUGAUCCUAUCGGCACUAAAAUAUUUGUUACAGAACGUGUAGUACCAACUUUGUGGGAGCAGCUUAAUCCAAAACAGAAGCAGGAUAAAACAGUAGAAGGGUUUGUGACUGGGGCUUUGAGAAAUCUCUGUGGCGAUAAAGAUGGACAUUGGAAGGCAACUCUUGAGGGUGGUGGAGUUGACAUUAUUGUAGGACUUCUUUCUUCUGAUAAUGCUUCAGCUCAAUCAAAUGCAGCUUCUCUAUUGGCCCGAGUGAUGUUGGCAUUCGGUGAUAGCAUUCCAAAAAUAAUUGAUUCUGGAGCAAUCAAAGCUCUCCUAAGCCUCUUACAUCAGAAAAAUGAUGUAACUGUUCGUGCCAGUGCAGCUGAGGCUUUAGAGGUUCUUUCUCUAAAAUCAACCAAAGCAAAGAAAGCUAUUGUUGACUCACAGGGUGUGCCAAUUCUCAUAGGGGCUGUUUUAGCUCCUUCCAAAGAAUGUAUGCAAGGCGAAGGAGGGGAGACGCUUCAGUGGCACACAAUAAAAGCUUUAUCCAAUAUAUGUGGUGGAAUGUGUGCCCUCGUGUUGUAUCUGGGGGAGCUUUCUCAGUCCCCAAGGUUAGCUGCUCCUGUUGCUGAUAUAAUUGGGGCACUUGCUUAUGCUCUUAUGGUCUUUGAGCUCAAUGCAGAAGAAGAACCUUUUGAUGCAACAAAGAUUGAGAAUAUUCUAAUAAUGCUCCUAAAACCACGGGAUAAUAAGUUGGUCCAGGAACGUCUCCUUGAGGCCAUGGCAAGUCUUUACGGCAAUGCUUAUCUGUCAAAUCUGGUCCACCAAUCAGAAUCUAAGAAGGUUCUUACGGGCCUCAUAACAAUGGCCAGCGGUGAUGUACAAGAGUAUCUGAUACUCUCCCUGAUACAGUUAUGUUGUGAUGGUGUGAGUGUCUGGGAUGCAAUUGGAAAGAGAGAAGGGAUUCAGUUACUGAUAUCACUGCUGGGGUUAUCCAGUGAACAACAUCAAGAGUAUGCUGUUGAGAUGCUUGCUAUCCUAACUGACCAAGUUGAUGACAGCAAGUGGGCAAUCACUGCCGCUGGUGGGAUUCCGCCACUUGUUCAGUUACUAGAAAUGGGGUCUCAGAAGGCUAAGGAAGAUGCAGCACAUGUUAUGUAUAACCUGUGCUGCCAUAGUGAAGACAUCCGUGCCUGCGUUGAAAGUGCUGGAGCUAUACAUUCGUUCUUGUGGCUUCUCAAAAAUGGUGGACCAAAGGGGCAAGAAGCAUCAGCUAGGGCCCUAACAAAGCUAAUCGCGACUGCUGAUUCGGCUACCAUAAAUCAAUUGCUAGUAUUACUAAAGGGAGAUUCACCAAGCUCAAAGGCCCAUAUAAUUAAGGUGUUAGGUCAUGUGCUUACCAUGGCAUCUCAGAGUGACCUUGUGCAUAAAGGGGCCGCUGCUAACGAAGGGCUAAGGUCACUUGUCAAAGUUCUAAAUUCCUCAAAUGAAAAGACUCAAGAAUAUGCUGCCUCUGUCCUAGCUGACAUAUUCAGCACUCGACAUGAUAUUUGUGAUAGCCUCGCAACAGAUGAAGUGGUUAAUCCUUGCAUGAAGCUUUUGACUAGCAAUACUCCAGUUGUUGCAACACAUUCAGCUCGAGCCUUGGGUGCUUUGUCCCGUCCAACAAAAGCAAAAUCUACAAACAAGAUGCCUUAUAUUGCUGAAGGGGAUGUAAGACCACUAAUUAAGUUGGCCAAAACUGCAUCUAUUGAUUCUGCAGAGACUGCAAUAGCUGCUUUAGCCAAUCUGUUGUCUGAUCCAGAGAUAGCUGCAGAAGCACUGGCUGAAGAUGUUGUUUCAGCUUUGACCCGAGUUUUAGGAGAAGGAUCGUUCGAAGGUAAGAAAUGCAUCACGUGCGNAAAAAAUGCGUCACGUGCGCUUCAUCAGCUAUUGAUGCAUUUUCCAGUGGGAGAUGUACUGAUAGGAACUGCUCAGUGUCGAUUUGCUGUUCUUGCUAUUGCGGAAUCCUUAAAAGCGGUGAAUGCAGAUGGAACUGAUGCUGCAGAUGCUUUAGAUGCUAUUGCACUUCUUGCUAGGACAAAACAAGGCACACAUUCGUCGUACAACCCAUGGACUGCCCUUGCUGAAGUUCCAUCUAGUUUAGAGCCUCUUAUACAUUGCCUCUGUGAGGGAUCUCCCCUUGUCCAAGAUAAAGUAAUAGAAAUUUUAUCCAGGCUUUGUGGAGAUCAACCAAUUCUGCUAGGUGACCUGUUAGUAUCAAGAUCCAGGGCGAUAGGUGCAUUGGCUGAUAGAAUAAUGAAUUCUAGCAGUCUAGAAGUAAGAGUUGGUGGGACAGCAUUGGUCAUUUGUGCUGCCAAGGAACAUAAAGUUCAGUCGAUGGAUGCACUUAAUGCAUCUGGAUACUUGAAACCUCUUAUAUAUGCGUUAGUUGACAUGAUGAAGAAAAACUCCAAUUGUUCUUCCUUAGAAAUUGAAGUCAGAACCCCUAGAGGUUUCACAGAAAGAACUCCAUUCGGGGAAGAAAAUGAGUUUGAGGUUCCUGAUCCAGCAACAGUCUUGGGGGGUACUGUUGCCCUUUGGCUGCUAUCAAUAAUUACAUCAUUUCAUAUAAAUAGCAAGUCCACUGUUGUGGAAGCGGGGGGACUUGAGGCCCUUGCCGACAAGCUUGCUAGACACACUUCCACUCUACAGGCAGAGUUUGAAGAUGCAGANCAGGAUAUAACGACGAAAAAUGCAGUAGUGCCUCUUGUGCAGCUCGCAGGCAUUGGUAUAUUGAACUUGCAACAGACAGCAAUUAGGGCUUUGGAAAAUAUCUCAUUAAGCUGGCCAAAAGCAGUUGCUGAUGCUGGUGGUAUUUUUGAGCUUGCAAAGGUUAUUGUUCAAGAUGACCCUGUACCGCCUAUUGCAUUGUGGGAGUCAGCCGCUAUGGUUCUCUGCAAUGUCCUAUGCUCUAACUCCGAUUACUACUUCAAACUUCCGCUGGUGGUUCUCGUAAAGAUGCUGCAUUCAACAGUCGAGAGCACUGUUACUCUUGCGCUGAAUGCUCUUAUAGUUUAUGAAAAGACUGAUAUUUCAAGUGCAGAACUGAUGGCUGAAGCUGGUGUAGUAGACGCCCUCUUGGAUCUGCUAAGAUCUCACCAGUGUGAAGAAGCAUCAGGAAAAUUGCUUGAAGCUCUUUUCAACAAUGUCCGGAUACGAGAGCUGAAGGUAUCCAAGUAUGCAAUUGCACCUCUGGCACAAUAUUUGUUGGAUCCACAGACUAGAUCGCAAUCUGGUAGGCUUCUUGCAGCUCUUGCUCUUGGUGAUCUCUCUCAGCAUGAAGGACUAGCUAGAGCGAGUGAUUCUGUCUCAGCCUGUCGAGCUCUGAUAAGUUUACUUGAAGAUCAACCAACAGAAGAAAUGCAAAUGGUGGCAAUUUGUGCAUUGCAAAACUUUGUAAUGCGCAGUAGAACCAACAGGAGAGCUGUUGCAGAAGCCGGUGGAAUCUUAAUGGUUCAAGAACUGCUUUUAGCCCCAAAUUCAGAAAUUGCAGUACAGGCAUCUCUGCUCAUAAGGUUUUUAUUCUCAAAUCACACGCUUCAAGAAUAUGUAUCAAACGAGCUUAUCAGAUCUUUGACAGCUGCACUGGAGAAGGAAUUAUGGGCCACAGCAACUGCUAAUGAGGAAAUUCUGCGGACCAUUCAUGUAAUAUUUUCUAAUUUUCCCAAGCUCCAUGUUUCUGACGCUGCUACACUUUGUAUCCCUCAUCUUGUGGCAGCAUUGAACUCUGGUGAGGCUGCUCAGGAUUCAGUAUUGACCACACUAUGCUUACUCAAGCAAUCUUGGUCAACCAUGCCGAUGGAUGUGUCUACGUCCCAAGCAAUGGUUGCAGCUGAAGCCAUCCCCAUAUUACAGAUGCUAAUGAAAACUUGCCCACCAAGUUUCCACGAUAGAGCAGACAGCCUGUUGCAUAGCUUACCAGGUUGUUUGACAGUCACCAUCAAGCGUGCAAACAAUUUAAAACAGGUGAUGGGAGGAACAAAUGCUUUUUGUCAAUUGACUAUUGGCAAUGGUCCAUCACGGCAAACAAAGGUUGUGAGUAACAGUACGACGCCAGAAUGGAAAGAAGGCUUCACAUGGGCUUUUGAUGUACCGCCCAAGGGACAAAAGUUGCAUAUCUUGUGCAAAAGCAAAAACACAUUUGGGAAGAGCACUAUCGGGAGGGUAACAAUCCAAAUUGAUAAAGUUGUUAGUGAAGGGACGUAUAGUGGUCUUUUCAGCCUCAGCCAUGACAGCAACAAGGAUGGCUCAUCACGGACGCUAGAGAUUGAGAUUACCUGGUCCAGUAGGACGUCCAGCGAAGGUGAGUGAAGGGAAGCAAGACUGAAAUCAUGCAACUUGAGGACCCAAAGUCGGAGCUGGACCUGGUAAAGAACAAUCUCUACACAUUCCAGCCUAAUGCAAGAGCUGUUGGGGGGUAAAGUCCAAGUUUUGUUGUAUCUAAAAGCAUUGCUACUUGUGGGGGUUACUGUAAAAUAGUAAGAUUUUUGCAAGCACAGAGAAGUUGAUAAAGGUUCCCACGGUACAAGGUAAGUCUUACACUUAGCUUUUAAGCACCAAAUUGUACAGUUUCUGCAGUUCUUAGAAAUACGAAUAUAAAAAAGAGAUGACGAUGAGAAGAACGGAUGAUCCGUUUUCCCUCUUAAAUCUGUUGUAAUGCUCAUUCUACGUCCCAGCAGUGUAUUUGUGAUGCAAAGUAGUAGCAAAUACCAAAGCUAAUCCCUGUGCAAAGGGCCUGGCGUUAAAGUUUAUCAUG